AGCGAAUCGGCGUGCUUCGUGUGAGUGUUUGGUGCCCACAGCCCAGCAGUCUUGCUCAGCUAACCCUAGAUCACUGCCAGCGCGAUGAUCGUGUCCUGGAGGACACCGGUGAUCAGCGCCGUCUUCCUCCUGACGCUGGCCGUCACAGGAGAAGCCACGGAGAGUAAUUACGUCCGGGAUGGAGUGGGCUGCCAGGCAAGUGGUUGCGUUACACAGCAGGGCUGUGUCCCACGUUACAGUCAGUACACCACGGUGCUCUACUGUCAACGGUGCGUCAUCGAUCGAUGCCGAUCGGUGGAACCGACUAUGCCACGUCGCAUCUGCUACUACCUAACCUCAAUCGCCAGUGGUCAACGAUUGGCAGCGGUGGAAAAUUACGAUCGCCGAACAAGCCAACGGUACGCCUCCGUCCUUCACACUAGUGAUGAUCGUGGUGAUGAGGAAGGCCAUGACAAGUGGCAUCUGAUCGCCAGUGGACGGGACCAUGGCUACUACAUUCGUAAUUUCCGCACCGGAGAGUAUCUGCGUGUGCAGGAAAACAACUUUGCGUACCUGGCGCAGGGUCAGCCAGUCGACGAUAGCUUUCUGUUUAAACCACAUCUCGUCGAUGGUUCCUGGUCCUGUGUGCUCCUGCAGUCCGUCUGCUACGGUGGCUAUCUGUACGGUGAGCGGUACUCAGCGAGCACUAAUUUCGUGCCGAUGACGCGCGAUCUCCAACGCUGCUACCGGGAAAGCUUGUGGCGAGUGACGUCCGUGUACUGUUGAGCGUGGGUGUACGUGUCAUGUGUUAGACUUUCGAAAUGUUUAGACAAUCUGUAUAAGAGGAAGUACUCAAUGAUUUGAAAAAGAAAAGAUUCUAUAAAGCUUCCGAAUUAGAUUCGAAUGUUAUUUCAGUGUUCGAGAGUGUUUCGUUACCAGAAAUUUUAUUUAUUAAACACCAAAAACCAAAUUAUAUUUCAACAAUUUUACCAGCCAUAAUAGAAAAAUAUUGAAAAUUUUUAUCCAAUCCAGAGAACCUAUUAUUGUGUACCGAAAAGCAAUUCCAAAGCAAAAAUCGUGACAGAAGCUCGAGAUGUAAUUUCCAUUCAACUGUAUUCAUAAGCCAUUCCGCCCGAAUGGGGGGUCACCAGUGAUCUAGCAUCCCCCCGCCCCACAUCGUUGGCUGGGCCGCUGCCAAACACGAAAAGACAAUUCGUUCCAGUCCGUCAAACGCAGCUCGCAGCGAAGUCAAUUAAAAGCCCAAAGUUUCCUCCCUUUCCCAUCUCGUUUCUCGUCUCAUUCCCCAAGAAAUCCCAAGUUUGUCCCCAAAAAGAAGAACAAAAGCUUAAA